CUUUAAGGUUCUUUUUCCAUCCAAGCUUAUACAUAUAUCUCUUCCUUUUUUUUUCUACUAUUUAUUCGCUACAAAAGUCUUUUACAAAACUUAUUAAUUAAAAGAAAAAAAAAUAAAACAAAAAUGACAACAAAAAGACGUUCACAACAAAGAAAUAAUGACAUGAGAAAUAAUGAUGAGUUGUUUUCAGAUUUAAAUCAUCCUCAUAAAGAUCGCUUCAUUGAUCUUGCACAAGCAGCUCUAGAAGAAGCUGAUAUUGAAGAAGAACGAAAAGGUGUCAUUCAGGAAGUAUUAGAAGCACUCAUUGCUAAAACAGGAGCACCACUUGUAGCUGAAGUAAUUUCAGAACAACUACAUAGUCAAGAUGUUAUUGAACGUAUAGCGGAAAAUCAUGAAGAAGAUCGACGACGAUUAAGUUCCAGUCCACAUAUGACACGAAUCGACUCAACUAGUAGUGUCAACUCACUUAAGUCACCCGAUGAUGAGGAAUUAGAAAAUAAAACAUUACAGAUUAAUGCAAGUAAUAAAGAAAUAAUGGCGCCACAAAUGGAUGAUGACAGACCAGAACCAUUAAUGCUAUUUGCAGAAUAUUUAUGGCGAUUUUUUCGAGCUUUAUUACUAGCCAGUUUAGUUGGUUUAGUAUGUCAUUAUUUAAAUGGUUUAAAGUAUGCAAGGAUCAUUUAAUAUGCAAUACACACAGAAAAAAAAAAAUAAUAUA